CUGUUGUGCCUGAGAGAGGCUCAGUGCUAAGAGCUCGAGUGCCUGGCCUCUUCUUCUCACAUUCCUGCUCGUUGUUUUACAUUCUUCUGUGCUUUCUGCAAAAUCCACUUUCUCUAGACUUAAUUAGAAACAUUUGAAGCACACUAUGCUAAAAAUGCCUCGUCUUCUUGCAGCUCUCUGGCUGCAGCUUUAUUUUUGCAGCUUUUUAGGACCAGUGGAAGGAGGGAAGGUCCUGGUGAUGCCCGUGGAUGGCAGCCACUGGCUCAGUAUGAAGAUCCUGGUGGAGGAAUUGUCUCGGAGAGGACAUGAAAUGGUGGUUCUGGUUCCUGAGACCAGCGUGUUGAUCCACGGCUCUGAUGCAUACACCGCUCGGACUUUUAAGGUUCCCUACACCAAGGCUGAACUGGAUGGCAGCAUGAAAAAGUUUCAGGAGCGCAUUACAAAAGCGCCACAGAUCUCUGACUUAUUUGAGAAUGUCAUGGGGCUCCUCAGCUUCACUAACAUGCAGGUGAAAGGAUGCGAGGCGCUGCUGUAUAAUGAGCCUCUGAUGCAGAACCUGCGUGAAGAACACUUUGAUCUCUUGCUCACCGAUCCCUUCCUGCCUUGUGGCCCCAUCAUUGCGGAGGCUUUCUCUCUUCCUGCAGUUUACUUCCUGCGUGGACUUCCCUGUGGAUUGGAUCUGGAAGCCGCUCAGUGCCCGUCACCUCCGUCCUACGUCCCGCGCUAUUUCAUAGACAGCACCGACGUCAUGACGUUUCCUCAGAGGGUCAAGAAUGUGUUCAUGGCGGGAUUCGAUGUUAUUCUCUGCAGAGUACUUUUCUCCAGCUUUGAUGAACUCACCAGCAGAUAUCUCAAGAAGGAUGUUUCUUUUAGAGAUCUCCUCGGACAUGCUGCGAUUUGGCUUCACAGAUAUGACUUCACCUUUGAGUACCCGAGACCUGUAAUGCCCAAUAUGGUGAGAAUUGGGGGCAUCAACUGUGCCAAGAAGAAACCUCUGCCUGCGGAGCUGGAGGAGUUUGUGAAUGGCUCUGGAGAUCAUGGCUUCAUCGUGUUCACUUUGGGCUCCUUGGUGUCUGAGCUGCCAGAGUUCAAAGCCCGAGAGUUUUUCGAGGCUUUUAGACAGAUUCCUCAGAGAGUUCUGUGGAGAUACACCGGAGUCAUUCCCAAAGACAUUCCUGAAAAUGUCAAAGUGAUGAAGUGGCUUCCGCAGAACGACCUCUUAGCACACCCCAAAGCCAAGGUGUUCAUCACACACGGAGGGACCCACGGGAUCUACGAGGGUAUCUGUAACGGCGUGCCGAUGGUGAUGAUCCCUCUGUUUGGAGAUCAGAGAGACAACGUUCACCGCAUGGUGGUGCGCGGAGUCGCAGAGAGCCUGACCAUGUACGACCUGACCUCAGAGAAACUGCUGGGGGCACUCAGGAAAGUCCUCAACGACAAGAGCUACAAAGAGAAGAUGACAGAGCUCUCUAUGAUCCAUAAAGACCGUCCAAUCGAACCGCUGGACUUGGCUGUGUUCUGGACUGAGUUUGUGAUGAGACACGGGGGAGCUGAGCACCUGAGACCGGCCGCUCAACAUCUCAACUGGGUUCAGUACCACAGUCUCGACGUCAUCGGGUUCCUCUUGCUCGUUCUAGCCACCUUCAUUUUUAUCACCAUCAAAACCUGCACUUUCUGUUUCAGGAAGUGCUUCAGGAGGACUCAGAAGACCAAAAAGGAGUGAAGUGGCCAGUGAACGAUCAGAAAACUAGUCAGUUCGGUGCUGUCUAGAACGGUGAUGAUUUAUGGCUAUGACUUUAUACUGUGAUAAUCUGAAAUAGAUAGUUAUACUGUUAUCAUCACCAUGUUCAUUUUAAUAUUCAGAGGUGCCAGCAAUUAUGGUUCAUGACUUGCUUCUAUGGCAACAUUAAAAAAACAAACAAACAAACAAAAAAACCUAUGAUUCUUAACAUCUUCAGCUAAUGCAGAAAUCAAAUGUGAGUCAAAUUCACUUGAUGAAAAGCUGAUUCACAGAAGGGGAAAAGACAUAGAACGUGAAAGAUGCACUAGUUGCUGGAAGCACUUACUUUCACUUCACAGUGACUUACUUCAUCUAGGUGAACUUUGACCUGCAGAUUAACAAGCCUUUGUUAUGUGAACCAACAGAAAGCAAGAAUGAAGGUCUCAUUACUUGGUUUAAAAGAAGGAGGAGCCAAUAAGUAUCACUCACACUGAAAUUUUGUCUCAUUGUUUUUUUUUAAUUGUUGCUAGAUGAAUUAGCGAGCUAACGUAACCUUCUCUAAAUUCUCUCUAAACUCUCAGCUGCCAGAUCCAACAUACAGUUCAUGCAUACAACCCUGACUCUAUCACAUGCUACCUAAAAAUAGGAAAUAAAAAUCAGUUAAUUUCUGUGACUAAAAAUGUGGAAUUUACUUUUCUUGUUUUUAAAAACAAAUAAAAAACAAAUGUAUUUUGCAUUUCUGUGACAACAGAAAGGUCAUUCAGUGUUGAAUAAUAAAAAUGCAGGAUCAGAUUAAUUAUAUUAAUUUUUUAAUAAUUGUGUACAAUAAGCUUAAAUGCUACGUUUUAUCAUUAUGCUGGAUUUAUCCCAUCCACAGACACACGCUAGAGGUGUUCAAAUUCAUUUUUUUCUCUCUACAGAGUGUCCCAAAAGUCUCCAUACAUUGGAGAAAUGAGCACUUUCUAACAAAUUGUCUUCCAAAAUUUUUCAGUUUACAUUAUAUACAUUUUUCAGAUAGCCUUUAAGAAUGCCUUUGAGAAAAGAAGAACGUAUUGAAAUCAUUCUCAUGGCUGGAUCAGGAAGUUGUCGCAAGGUUGCGAUGGACUUUAACAGGAAACGUGGUGAGCACAUCACACACGACACUGUUGCCAAAAAGAGGGAGCCAAAGCUGGGAGAGACGACUCUGUGUGUGUUUACUCUGUGUGUGAUUGCUCUAAAUGGCAAUCAUGUAGAGGAUGAUUUGUAAAUAAAGUUACAUUUUGCUAAAAAGUGUUCAUUUCCCCAAUUUAUGGAGACUUUUGGGACAACCUGUAGAAUGCUAAUUUUCUUUUCAGCAAUGUCAGCACCUCUGAAUAUGCUACAGGAUUUCUGAAAAAAAAAAACAUCUUGGCUUACAUAGGAGAUAAACAGGAGCGAAAGUGUUGUUUCAACACUGUUCUGAUAAACUACUGAAGGCACUCCUCUUAACACAGCCACAUUAAACAAUCUUCUAAUUGUUCCUCACAUUUCAUUUCGUUCUGUUCGGAUGUACAAAGUUGAUGUAUUGGGUUGGACGAUUAUCAUACCGUGAUGCUGGUUUACCUAACAUCGCUACCUCUGCCUGGCCUUACAAGCUAUACAUGAUUAAAGCAGAUCAAAUUAACCAGAAUUAAUUAGUUAAUUAAUUAAUUUCGUUUAGAAUUGAAAAGUUUUUCCCAGUUGGAAGGCCAUUAACUAGCGCUAACUAUCCAACUUCAGCUGACUAGCUAAAUAAUUAGCCGAACAUAACGCUUGAAAGAACAAACAGAUGUUCUUGCAACAACAUGUUACUAAAUAUUCUUAUACCACAGCACUGCACUCUUUAUUUCUCCAAUCUGAUUGGUCAGAAGGUGUUGAUUACCUUCUGAUGUAUUAGAGCACACGCUCUAAAACGUUAUUGUUUCUAUAGCAACAGCUAAUUCCCAGGGACUUGUAGGGCAAACGCUCCACAUAAACAGAUUAAAAAGCGCAUGUAAUCGUUGAUAUGGUGAAGUUUUCUUAAAGUAAGGAGGUGUUUUUUUUAUCAUUUAUGGGAGGAGUCUCCAGUGUCAGCACUUUGUAACAGUCAGAGGUAAAGCUGUAACUUCUUCAGGAUAGAGUUUACGCUUUUAAGAGAGAGAAAAAAAGAGAGUCUUGUGAGGGAAUGAUUGUUUAUAGCUACUGCAACAUUAAACAUAACAAGAAACAAAUAAAAGUAUGAAGUGUUCUUUACUAAAAUAAAAAAUAGUAAUCAUUGGCAAAGAGCUGUAGCAUAAGAGGAAUAAAACACUUGGAGACGUGCUGUUAUAGGAACACUGUUUUAUUUCUUACUUAUUAAUAUUUUAACAUACACACUUUGAGCAUUUUUGUUACUUGUGAUACUGAAGGAAACAUCUGUGAAAUCCAGCAUAAUAAACUUGUUUUGUUGCUAUACAUAAAUUACAUUUUUUUUAAUCUUCUUCAUUUUGUCCUAAGAGUGUACAAACGUUUGCACUCAGCUGUAUUUUGUGAUGGUGAAAUCUAACUUCAGUUUAAAGCUGAAUGGAGCAUAAGAAUGGACAAACAAGACAAGUUUAACAGUGAUGCUAAACUGGACUGUGGUUAUUGGGUCUAAUAUGUUACAUUACAUUAUUUCACUCAUGCCUUUAAGAUUUGGCAAUUUUUGUUAUAUUAGUUUUAAUCACUAUUAUAAAUGCUUUACAUUUGAUGAAAAUAGCAUAAAUUGCUAUAAUUUAAAAAAAAAAUAACCUGUAUGCGAUGUGUUAUAAAAUUAGUUUUAUUUUCAGUUAUACAUGGAACAGGAGGAAAAUAUCCUACUUGUUGGUUUAGCAGCAUCAUUUUUUUUAUUUCCUAAUUGCAUUUCAUAUCAAUGGUGUAGAAAUGAUCCAGCAGAAUACAUUUUCAAAAAUUUUCCAAAAAUGUAUGUUUUGAUAUUGAUUCCAAUGUUAGAAUUCUUUGGGGUUAUUUUCAGUAUACAUGGUCCAAAAAAUAAAACAUGUCUUUCUUCCCAA